AUGAGAGCGCAAAUACAGAAGGUCCCACAGAUUGUGGAGCUGCUGAAGAAGAAGUCAGUGGGACUGCAGCACUUUAAGCCCACGUCGUCAGUGUGCGUCCUAGAUGAGAAGGAUGCUGUGCAGACGCCGCUCUGCCCUCACGCAGCCUCCAGAGCGCACACUGCGCACGCUGCACACAGCUUGGAUGCCAUUCCCGGUCCCACCAACUGGCCCCUAGUUGGCAGUCUGGUGGAACUGCUGCGGAAAGGAGGACUCACCCGGCAACACGAAGCCUUGGUUGAUUACCAUAAGAAAUUUGGAAAGAUUUUCCGGAUGAAGCUGGGCUCCUUUGAGUCAGUGCACAUUGGUGCGCCCUGUUUGCUGGAGGCGCUCUAUCGGAAGGAGGGAAAUUACCCUCAGAGACUGGAGAUCAAGCCGUGGAAAGCCUACAGAGACCUGAGGGACGAGGCGUACGGACUCCUCAUUCUUGAAGGCAAAGACUGGCAGAGAGUGAGGAGCGCGUUCCAACAGAAGCUGAUGAAGCCCACGGAGGUGGUCAAACUGGACAAGAAGAUCAACCAGGUUCUAGUGGACUUUGUUAGCAGGAUUAAAAAUAUUAACAACAAUGGGAAGAUUGAAGAUUUGUACUUCGAGUUGAAUAAAUGGUCGUUUGAGACAAUAUGCCUGGUCCUUUAUGAAAAGCGAUUUGGUCUUCUGCAAGAGGAAGUCAACGAAGAAGCAAUGAACUUCAUCACAGCAGUAAAAACAAUGAUGAGCACGUUUGGGAUGAUGAUGGUGACACCAGUGGAGCUUCACAAGAGCCUGAACACCAGAACAUGGCAGGACCACACCGCGGCCUGGGAUCGAAUCUUCAGCACAGCCAAAGUCUACAUUGACAAAAAGAUGAAGACGAACACAGACAGAGCGCCGGACGACUUGAUCGGAGACAUCUUACAUCACAGCUGCCUUACCAAAAAAGAGCUGUACGCGGCGAUCACAGAGCUGCAGAUUGGAGGAGUGGAAACGACUGCUAACAGUAUGCUGUGGGCUAUCUUCAACCUGUCACGGAACCCUGGUGCCCAGAAGAAGCUGCUGGAGGAGAUCCGAGCGGUGGUGCCCCCAGACCAGGACCCCUGCGGAGAGCACCUCAAGACUAUGCCCUACCUUAAAGCCUGCCUUAAGGAGUCCAUGAGGUUAUCGCCGUCGGUUCCGUUCACGAGCAGGACCUUAGACAAAGACACUGUGUUGGGAGAUUACGCAAUUCCCAAAGGAACCGUCUUAAUGAUUAACAGCCACGCUCUCGGCUCCAACGAAGCAUAUUUCGAUGACACCAAGCAGUUCAAGCCUGAGCGAUGGCUGCGAGAGACUAGCACUAUCAACCCUUUUGCCUACGUGCCCUUUGGCAUCGGGAAGAGAAUGUGCAUCGGACGGAGACUCGCAGAACUACAGCUGCAGCUCGCAAUGUGUUGGCUGGUGCGAGACUUCGAGAUUGUGGCGACUGAUUCUGAGCCCCUGGAUGUGAUCCACUCUGGACUCCUGGUUCCGAACAGAGAGCUGCCUGUAGCUUUCCUCAGAAGAUGA